AUGAUAUUAUUAAUUUAGAAUAAAUAUUAUGGGGAGAUUAAAUAAUUCAAUUUUCAGAAGAUUGUGAUGAUGGAAAUUUGUUUCCAUUUGAUGGUUGUUUUAAUUGUAAAUACUCAUGUGUAUAAGGCUGUUCUUUAUGUCUUAAAGGGAUAUGUAUAAAUUGUUUUUCUGGAUGGAUUUUUUAGAGUGCUCUAUUUAUGUGUUUUAGAAUAAUUAAUUUAGAUUAAUAAUAAUAAUAAAUCAGUUUAUAAACUAUUAGAAAUGAACUUGAUUAUAAAAGUGUUAUUUAAUGCUCAAAAGGUUUCUAUUUAAAUUAGAUUUCAAAUUAAUGUGAAUCAAUUUUUGGUGAUAAUUUCAUCACUAAUACUGAAGAAUGUGAUAUUUUAUCAUGAAUGUAAAUUUCAAUGUAGCAUUAAUUUUUCGUAAUAUUAAUUUGGUAUUUGCUAAGUAUGUGAGAAAGAUUAUUUACUACAUAAUAAUCAUUGUGUUUAGAAUGAAAUCAAUAAUAGAUGUUAACCCUAAUGUAAUAUUUGCAUUGAAAAUACAUGCUAUUAGUUUUAAAAUGGGUAAAUUUUGAUAUUAGGUUGAUGUUAAGAAAUUUGUGGCAAUAAUAAUUUUUCUAUUUAUACACUUGAAGAAUGUGUUUGUGAUCUUAAUUGCCCAGAACGCAUUCCAGGUUUUUGUGAUAAAUGUAAUAACAAUUAUAUGUUAAUGAAUAAUAAUUGUUAUGAAAUUCCUAUUACAUGUGGAGAUCUUAUUAUUUAAGAAAAUGAAGAAUGUGAUGAUGGUAAUAAUAUAGAAUUUGAUGGUUGUUUUAAUUGUAAAUAUUCUUGUCCUAUUGAAUGUUAAGUUUGUCAAAUCGGAAUUUGUUAAGAUAUUUGUGAAUAUGGAUUUGGUUUAAUAAAUAAUGUUUGUUCUACUAUUUGUGGAGAUUCUAUUUUAGCUGGUCAUGAAUAAUGA